AUGCUGUCUGUAUGACAGGGAUAAGUUAGAUGGGAGCAGUUAAAAAGAAAACAGGAAGAAAAUAGGAGAAGAAGUAAAAAUAUUCGCAGGGAGCUCAUAGAGAGAUUUUAUAUUUUGAUUGAAACACCCAACAGUGGACGGUUUAAACAGACAUGAAUAAUCGCUCUAUCGCCUGGUGGCUGAGACAGAUUGAACUGCCACAGUAUACCAAGACUCUAGAGAGUGAAUAUUAUGGUCUAGAGGGUUUGCUGUAUGUUACGGAUGGAGAGCUGAAGGAUGCUGGGAUAGAAGAUGCAGCACACAGAGAAACAAUCCUCGCUCAGCUUUCAAAGGAUCGACACAAACUGGACCCGCUUUCUGCUUCCUGUUUGCCAGACAGAUAUGAGAGUGAUUAUCAGGUUGUGAAGCGCAGAGUCAGUCGAAAAUAUUCCCUGGGAUCAUCUGAUGCGCCAAAGGAUCUGUUCCGUCAGAGCGUUCUCCCUCGUCUCCAACGCGCCGACAAGAAACACCGGUUGUCCUCUUCCUGCUCACAGCUUCGCCCUCUGGACGAGGACAACACUCUCAGUCACGAGGGCAAACACAGCAAGAGGAAGAGUAUCAGUGCCUACUUCAGCCAUCUAAAGAUGUUCGGUGGUAGAAAGGAGAUGGAUCUCCUGAAAAAGGAGCUAGAAGAGGAGUUAAAGCUAAACAGUGAGGAUGUGAGGAGUCAUGCAUGGUACCAUGGACCCCUGACCCGCGAGGCUUCAGAAUCCCUGUUUGAGAGGGACGGAGACUUCCUGGUCCGAGACUCAAGCUCCUCUCCUGGAGACUAUGUCCUAAGCUGCUUGUGGAAGAAUAGUCCACAGCACUUCAAGAUCAUAAAAGUUGUUCUUCGAAAGGUGGGUAUACACAGCAUGAUUUAUGCCUCACUUUUCAGUUUGUUUGUUUUUUUGAGUAACCAGUACAACAAGAAGGAAAAAGCCAAUGAAAUGAGAUGUCAAACAAGGUGUAUCUGUAUGUGUGACAGGAGUGGAAGUCAGCCUGCUAACCUGGAGAAUGUUGGACGGAGGCCUUCACUUCAGUCUGCACAGUCUGACAGCAAUCUACGGACAGGGCCUCCAGAGACCACCCAGCCAGAAGACACAGCCCCAGAUCAAAUUUCUCCUGUGUUUCGCACAGGCAGUGAACCCCUGCUGAGCCCCAGACAACAUAAAACACUUCCUUUCCAUCCAGGUGGCGGUGCUACUUUGCGAGGUUCAGACGGGCAGCUGCAUCCAAGAGCUCCUCCUAAACCCCUCAGAGUCUCAACUGUUUUUGCAAGUGCAACUCCUCCUCCUCCUAAAGACCUAGAUGAAGACCCCUCAUCAUGCUACAGCGAACUCAAUAUACAGAUCCCUCAGUCUCAGAAGAAAGGCCAUGUGGACCGGCUGCGUGCAGAGGAGAAGUGGCAGAGCCGUGCUCGCAUUACAGAAACUUCCUUUGGAUUUUUGGAGGAAGAGAACAAGGAAGCAUCCUCACAGCUGCAGUUUGAGAAAGAGCUUCUGAGGAAAGCAGCAGAGGAAGAAAGAGACUGGCAUUUCGAAAGGCCUCAGAUAGAAACAUCGUCCUGUUUCCAGUUGGACCAGUUCAAGUCGCUGCUCUUGCCUGACCACAACAGACCUCUGGAGUCGAACAUUCUGCUCACAGUCAAAGAGCUCUUUAGCGGUUCAGAUGCCAAAACUCUCGCUCUUCAUAUGCUAAGUGUUGACUGUCAGGUUGCACGCAUUGUUGGUGUGACUGAUGAGCAGAAAAGGAUUAUGGGAGUAAAUUCAGGACUGGAGCUUGUUACUCUGCCACAUGGACAUCAAUUACGACAGGAUUUGUUGGAAAGGCAUCAUCUGAUAACCCUUGGUGUGGCAGUAGACAUACUGGGUUGCACGGGUACAGUUAACCAGAGAGCAACUGUUUUACACAAAGUUAUCAUGUUGGCUCAGGCCCUGAAAGAAAAUGUGCACAACUUCUUCUCCUUCUCAGCCGUUAUGAAGGCUCUGGAGAUGUCUCAGAUUGUGCGGCUGGAGAUGAUGUGGCGAGCACUGAGGAGGAGCCAUACAGAGAGUGCAGUUUUGUAUGAGAAGAAACUCAAACCCUUCAUGAAGUCCUUGAAUGAAGGAGAUGAUUCUGUAGUCGAGGGUCCCAUUGCUGUGCCACACCUGGUUCCUCUUCUCAUGGUGAUGGAGGGUGAGGACCCAGUGGAAAACAGUGAGAGGGGCUGUCAGGCAUUGUACGACGUCCUUCAGUCAGCUCGCAGUGCCGCCUUACACUCCCAGGAUUACCAAAAACACGCACAGUCCCUACUGACAGAAGGCUGGCAGCCGGUCCCUGAGCUGCUGGAGGCUUUCCGAACAGAGUUCGCCUUGCGGUUGUUCUGGGGUCAACACGGGGCGGGGGCGGACAAAAAGGAGCGAUAUGAGAAAUUCGACAAGAUCCUUUGUGUUCUCUCGGAUAAACUGGAACCUGUGGAGGUCACUCCAAAACAGUCAUAACUCCAAGAGGUAGCUGGCAGACAAACCUCCUCCUUAGCAGAAAAAGGACAGACAUUGUUUUAACUGAGCCUUGAUUUCUACAGAAACAAAUAUCUGUGUUAUAAGAUCUUAACUUUAUGAGAUGAGAGACUCUUUGUAAAGUUUUUCAGAUGACUACUAAUUUUAACUGGAAGAUGUGAAAAGACUUUCACUGUUUUAUUACUUGAGAUUUUAUUUGUGCAACUUGAAUGUUUUCUAGCUGAGAUUUUGUAACUUUCCUCUUUUGCUCUUUGGAACUUCAUUGUAAAUAAUAACUUUUUUAUUUUGAGGUUAGAGUUGGAAUAAAGAAACACAAAAGAUAGAUGAUGUCUCACUUCAUAAUUUUAAAGGUUUCUGAGUAACAUUUGCUAAAUGUCAUGUACAGAAAAUAAUAUCAACUGGGGUAACUGUGAGAGAAGGAAGAGGAUUUAACCUGAUGCGGCUUAGAGAGAAGAAGUUCC